AUGAGAGCCCCGCUGCUGCCGCCGGCGCCCGUGGUGCUGUCGCUCCUGCUCCUCGGCUCAGCCCAUUAUGCUGCUGGAUUGGGUGUCAAUGACACCUACUCUGGGAAAGGGGAACCAUUUUCUGGGGACCACGGCGCUGAUGGAUUGGAGGUUACCCCAAGAAGUGGGAUGUCCUCAGGAAGUGAGAUUUCCCCCGUGAGUGAAAUGCCUUCUAGUAGGGAACUGUCCUCGGGGAUCGACUAUGACUAUGCAGAAGAGUAUGAUAACGAACCACAAAUAUCUGGCUAUAUCGUAGAUGAUUCAGUCCGAGUUGAACAGGUAGUUAAACCCAUGAAAAACAGAACAGAAAGUGAAAAGACUUCAGACAAACCCAAAAGAAAGAAAAAAGGAGGCAAAAGUGGAAAAAAUAGAAGAAACAGAAAAAAGAAAAAUCCAUGUGAUGCAGAAUUCCAAAAUUUCUGUAUUCAUGGAGAAUGCAAAUAUAUAGAGCGCCUGGAAGCCGUAACAUGCAAAUGUCAUCAGGAUUACUUUGGUGAACGGUGUGGGGAAAAGUCCAUGAAGACUCACAGCGUGGUUGACAGUGAUUUAUCAAAAAUUGCUUUAGCUGCCAUAGCUGCCUUCGUGUCUGCAGUGAGCUUCACAGCGAUUGCUGUUGUUAUUACAAUCCAGCUUCGAAAACGAUACUUCAGGGAAUAUGAAGGAGAAGCUGAAGAACGAAAGAAACUUCGACAAGAAAAUGGAAAUGCACAUGCCAUAGCGUAACUGAAGAUAACAUUACAGGGUAUCGGAUUGGAGUCACUGCCAGGUCAGAACCAUGAGUGAUGAGUUGGUUCCUCUUUUCGGUGGAUCAUAAGAAAACAGAACCUUUUUGUUCUAAUGGUUUUAAAAGUUCAAUUGUUGCUUUUUAUGCUAAGUCUUAUUUCUGUACAUAAAGAUGCAUGGAGAUAAAAA